UGGUAUCUGGCAUGCCUUUAUGCAGGUGACCCCACGAAAGAAGUUCAAAUGUCCAGAAUGCACAGCAAUCGAUGGGUUAUCACUGGACCAGACACACAUGGUGGAAAGAUCUGAAUGCAUCAACAAGUUUGCCUCUGUCUUUGGGACCAUGCCUCUGAAAGUGGUUGAGCACCGUGCUGACCCUGUUCUGUAUAAAGAUGACUUUCCUGAGAAGCUGAAGAGCUUUCCCAAUAUUGGCAGCUUGUAAAGGCAGCUGUGAGACAAACCUGAGCACUGAAAACACCAGCAGAAGAGGUACUAAGAAGAAUAUAAGGCUCUGGAAGAAAAGAAAAAAAGCUAGAGAGUGGGUUACAUCUGAGGGAGAUGGCAAUUCAUGUACUCUGGUGCACUGUCCUCCUUUUAUAUUGCACUAAGAUGUAGUGGAUAGCUGGACAACUCCUCCUUUGUUGCUCAUAGAGGAUUGAAUCUAUUGAUGAGUCCUACCAGAAAUGUCAAACAAACAACAAAGGAGGCUGUGCACCUGGGAGAAUAAAACUGAAUUUCUCUCUG